GAACGGCCUCGGGGAUUGCCGUGUGAUCCUCGUCCUGUUGACAGUUUUCCGACUUCGGCAAUACUGGCAAAUAGUCAAGACCGUGAGAAAUCAUGUAUAGGCUAGGAGUAAGACGGUUCACUACGUCUGUUCGCCAUGCGGCUCAGACAGCUGCACAGAUGGAAGCCAAGAACCAGUAUGGGAUCCAGGUUUCCAAGGCCCAAGGCACUGUUAAAGGUCUCGUUGGAGCAAUUGGAAACACGCCAUUGAUCAGACUCAACAAGCUGUCUGAGCAGACCGGUUGCGAAAUUUUAGGAAAGGCCGAGUUUAUGAACCCUGGUGGCUCAGUCAAGGACCGAGCUGCACUCUUCGUAGUCCAGGAUGCCGAAGAGAAGGGAUUGCUCGCGCCCGGCGGAACAGUCGUCGAGGGAACAGCCGGAAAUACCGGAAUUGGUCUCGCACACGUAUGCCGGUCGAAGGGCUAUAAAUUGGUCAUCUACAUGCCAAAUACCCAGUCCCAAGGGAAGAUAGAUCUUCUCCGACUACUGGGAGCAGAGGUCUACCCAGUCCCCGCCGUGGCAUUUGACAACCCGGAGAACUACAACCACCAAGCUAAGAUACACGCCGAGCGCCUAGAAAACGCUGUCUGGACGAACCAAUUCGACAAUGUCGCAAACAGGCGCGCCCACAUUGAGACGACCGGACCUGAGAUCUGGGCUCAAACUGGCGGGAAGAUUGACGCAUUUACUUGCUCUACGGGAACUGGAGGUACCUUAGCAGGAACUACCGCAUACCUAAAGGCUGUCUCAAAUGGCAAAGUCAAGUCUUUCUUGGCUGACCCACCAGGAAGUGUUUUGCACUCUUAUAUUGAGUCCGGAGGGCAACUCAAAGAACGCAGUGGCUCCAGUAUCACCGAGGGUAUCGGUCAGGGCCGUGUCACAGACAACCUGAGCCCUGAUAUCGAGUCGUUGGAUGGCUCCCUUAACAUUAGUGACGAGAAGAGCAUUGAGAUGGUUUACAGGUGCCUCGAUGAGGAGGGCCUCUAUCUGGGUGCAAGCUCAAGCUUGAAUGUCGUCGCUGCGAAGGAAGUAGCCGAGAAGCUCGGCAAGGGGCAUACCGUUGUAACAAUAUUGGCUGACGGCGCAUAUCGAUACGCCGAUCGCCUGUUUUCAAAGAAAUGGCUUGAGGAGAAGAAGCUCUUGGGCGCUAUACCCCAGCAUCUUGAAAAGUACAUAGUUCUUCCAUAA